UUAACGAAGGUCAAGGUGACUAUGAGUAACUGCAAAAAUGGCAGAGCUGCAGUUCGAAGCUCCGUUGGCAAGUUUUGAAACAGAAGAAUGGAAUGAUUUUAACGAUUUUCAGUCCGUAAUGAAUGCAGAUUCACAUAAACAAAAUGUUCCAUUAAAACACAGUGAGGAGAAAAAAACAGAGGGUGCAUCCGACAACUUUGGUGAAACCUUUUCCGGCUCUCUGUCAGAUCUUGUGAAAUCUUUAGACGAAAAAAUUACAAACUGUUUUUGUAAUUAUGAUGAUAACGUAGAGCAAAUUGCUCCUGUUCAAGUGAGAAGUUCAGAUGAUCUCACAGCAAACUGUCCAACCUGGUGGACAAUAACGGGCCAUUAUGGCAAUAUCCUCCCCAUUGACUGGUCGCAGUCAUAUGCCAGAAAACUGCAGGAGAAGGCUCUCAAUCUAGGAGAAAGACGGAGCCCAGAGCCUAUAAAUCUUGACCUGUCAGACGAUGAUGAGUUGACAACGGCGAUGGACUAUCACUCCAUGAUCAUGCGUUCCCACGCCAAUGACGACCCGGACCACCUCGUCACUGCAGAUGAGGUCAUAAGUGAGCUGGAGAUAAUGAUGGAGGACAGUGGAACAGAUCGUAGUGAGUCUGAGGAGCCAGAUCUUCCCCAGAUGCCAGGUUCUCCAUACACUAAACUGCAGGAGACCCUUGUACAGUUGCCUAAAUAUUCAGUGGAAGAGAUGAAGGAGAUGUCUAAUACAGCCAUAAAUGAAAUAUUAAGUGACUACGAGCUCACAAUUAAGGAGUUAUCUGAGACUCUGGUGCAGGAAUUGGCGCUUAGAGAUGAACUUGAAUAUGAUAAAGAACUGAAAAAUCAGUUUAUAUCGCUACUGCUGAAUAUACAGAGGAAGCGCCGAGAGGCAAAUGUGGAUAAAAAGAAGAGGAAGAGCAAGACAGGAAGUGUUACAAGCUCUCCGAGCGGGAGUGGGAACAACAACAACAGUCCAACCGCAGAGGCUGGCCCCAGCGUGUUCCUGAGCACGGUGAUCCCGUAUCAUCCCCACCAGGGUCCUCCCAACUCCGAGCAACUCCAGAUCUACAUCAAAAUCCUGCAGGCUAUAAAUGAGGACAGCCCAACCGUGCCCUCACUCCUCACAGACUACAUCCUCAAAGUUCUGUGCCCUACAUAAGUGUGAUGACUGUGGACCAUCCAACCAAAGACCAAGUGCAAUAUGAUAGCGACCACCCUGUGUGUGCUUUAAAUUAGCUAUGUGCAGCAUGUUUCUUAUAAUGAAUGUAAAUGCAGCCCUUUGGCAUUUGGACUAGCCUUAGGUCAUCUCUCAUAUAUAAUAUAAGAAUUGAAAUCAAGACAUUAUGUUAGGGCCGUUCCAGGAGUAAAUGUACUGGGAGGGAGGAACUGAAUUACCAAAAGGGGGACCACCAAGACAAUUAUGAUUCAUUUCUGCCCCACCUUAUUACCCACCACCACAACCAUUUUAUAAUGGCUAACACCCCCACCAUAAUUGUAAUAGGGUUAACACCCCCCACCGCCACAAUUAUAAUAGGGUUAACACCCUCCACCACCACAAUUAUAAUAGGUUUAACACCCUCCACCACCACAAUUAUAAUAUGGUUAACACCCUCCACAGCCACAACUAGAAUAGGGCUUACACCCUCCACCACCACAACUAGAAUAGGGUUAACACCCUCCUCUGCCACAACCAGAAUAGGGCUUACACCCUUCACCACCACAACUAGAAUAGGGCUAACACCUCCUCCGCCACAACUAGAAUAGGGCUAACUACCUCCACCACCUCAACUACUGUGAAAUCACUUAUAUUCGUUGGCAUGAAAUUUCGUGGUUCGCCGAAAAAUUACAAUUUCGUGGGUACUUAAAUUCGUGGUUUUUCAUUUUUGAAAAAAAUCGAAGCUGCGAUCGUCCUAGAUCGUCUGCAUUAUCUCCACGCGCUGGCCCGUGAUUUCUGUCUUCAACGUCACUCGGUUUAUGACACUCGCUAAAGUUGUACACAUGCCAAUUAGUGUAUAUACCCAUGUCAAUCGUCGAUUUAAUUGGAAAUUAAGGUCAUAAGAAGAUGUACCCUGAUCAUAAAUACAAAUAGCCGAAGCCAUUGAAUGCUAAUUAAGAAUUUUGCAAACUGUGAAAACACCGAGAAGGUCUGUAUAUUUGAAGAAACAAUCCCAAAAGAUAGCUGAUGUUUACAAAUUCAAUCACUUUGAAUACCAUCUCAUUUCAUAUCAUAAUUUCAAUAUUUAUUCACACUUUUUUUGUUUAAUAAGUGUAUUGAACGCGUUGUUUUACACAUUGUCACGUUGGCUGCUCAGAAUCUCCAAUGUAAUCGAUUAAUUAUUUGAUUAAAGAAAAAAAAUCAAGAACCGACACUCAUCACUCACAUCUUGUUAGCCUGGAGACUUCUAUGAACAGCACACAUUUAGGCACGUGCUUCUGUCAUUUGGUUCAUAAAACAUAUUAAAAUAAUUUGGUUUAUUAUUUGUUAAAGGCAGAUAUAAUGUAUAUUAACAAAAUGAUGAUAGUAAGAUAUACAGUGAGAUGGAUAUAUAUAUUUACACUGUAUACUGCGGCCUCUGUAAUGAAUAAACUAGAGAAUGUACAUCACAUGGCAAUUGAAAAAAGUAAAUAAAGGGUCCAUAUUUCGUGGGAUCUUGAAUUCGUGGAUCACCCAACCCACAAAAACCAUGAACAUUAAUGCCCCACGAACAUUAAUGAUUUCACAGUAAUAUCAGGCUAACCUCCUCCAUUGCCACAACUAGAAUAGGGCAAACAUCCUCAACCGCCACAACUAGAAUAGGGCUAACACCCUCCAAUGCCACAACUAGAAUAGGGCUAACAACCUCCGCUGCCUCAACUAGUUUUGGGAUAACACCCUCGAAAGCCACAACUAGUAUUGGGCUAACACCCUCCACCGCCACAAUCAGAAUAGGGCUUACACCCUCCACUGCCACAACUAGAAUAGGGCUAACCCCUCCACCGCCACAACUAGUUUUGGGCUAACGCCCUCCACCGCAACAACUAAAAUAGGGCUAACCCCCUCCACCACCACAACUAGAAUAGGGCUAACACCCUCCACUGCCUCAACUAGUUUUGGGCUAACACCCUCCACCGCCACAACUAGUUUUGGGCUAACACCCUCCACCACCUCAACUAGUUUUGGGCUAACGCUCUCCACCGCCAUAACUUGAAUAUGGCCUACACCCUCCACCGCCUCAACAAGUUUUGGGCUAACACCCUCCACCCCCACAACUUGAAUAGGGCCUACACCCUCCACCGCCUCAACUUGUUUUGGGCUUUCACCCUCCAGUGAGAAAAGGCACCACCAUUAGAAAAGAGCUUGCACCUACCACCACAUGGGAUGUCAUUUCACCUAUAUUUUUGAAUGUGUCUUUUAGUAUUUGGAAAUAGUUCUCUGCUAAAAAGCGGAAAACAUCAUUGAUACAUCUCAUUUGUGACUACUGCUUCAGUACCAGUCAGUUCAUUCGCAUUCAUACUAUUUAACUAUUGGAUUUGAAAUCGGUACUGUUUGCUUGUUACGAACUACAGUCAAUUGGUAUUAGUUUUAAUAAUUUUUCGACUGGUUGGUCUGCCUUUAAGACCCCACAACCAACACAGUUGAAUAUGUAGUUUACACCCCCUUCCAAGACAAUUUGAACUAAUUUAACACCCCCCACCAAGACAAUUUGAACUCUUCACAACCCCACCAAGACAAUUUGAACUCUUAACGACCCAACCAAGACAAUUUGAACUCUUUAACAACCCAACCAAGACAAUUUGAACUCUUUAACAACCCAACCAAGACAAUUUGAACUCCUAUAACACCCCCCACCAAGACAAUUUGAACUCCUAUAACACCCCCCACCAAGACAAUUUGAACUCCUAUAACACCCCCCACCAAGACAAUUUGAACUCCUAUAACACCCCCCACCAAGACAAUUUGAACUCUUAACAACCCAACCAAGACAAUUUGAACUCUUAACAACCCAACCAAGACAAUUUGAACUCCUUUAACAACCCAACACCAAGAUAAUUUGAACUCCUUUAACAACCCAACCAAGACAAUUUGAAUUCUUUUUACACCCCCACAAAGACAACUUGAAUUCAUCUGAUUCCAACACCCCAUUACCUCUUUUCCUAGAACAGCCCUUAGCUUAAUUGAUGAGUUUUACAGAACUUGAAACCAACAUGUUGUAAAGGGUCAAUAAUCAAACAAUAAAAUAAUGUUGAUAAUUGAUAAUUAAAUAUAAAAAAUCAGGCUUUUGAUGUGUUAUAAAGACAGUAAUUCCAUUUUACCAUAUUUAAGACAAUGAAGAAAUAUUUCAAAUAUUUAUUACUCUAUCAUAAUAUUUUUUAAGCUUCAGAACUUUUUGUUCGACCGCGUUUGAUUUAAAAAGAAUUGCCGAUACAUUUGGGACACAUGCUUUCUAUUGAAUUAUUCAUAUGUUAUUGUAUGCAAUGUUAAUAGUUCUUUCUAGGCCAGUAAACAAAGUGUGUUCGGUGCACAUUUGAUGAAAGAAAUCAUAAGAGAGCUGCAAGUGUGUCUUCUUAUAUCUCAUUUUCUAUUUGUAUCAGCAAUACAGGAUUGUAGAUAUUCAACUGAUCAUAAAUGCAAUUUGUCAUUUUUUAAUUUUUUAUUUGCUUUAAAUAACUGAAAACCAUGUAUUAUAUUUCGGCCUAUAGAUUUAUUCAUUUUGUUCUUCUCUUGACCUCAACAACAGCGCUUUACUGCACAGUUAUUCAAAGACUUUCAUCAGCCAAUGGGCAUAUCAGUUUGAUGCCUAUUACUCUUUACAAAGAAUAACAUAAGUAUUUGUAGUGACAUCUUUCAUAAAUAGUAAAUCAUAAGUAGUAUGUGUGAUAUGCUGAAAAGAUUUUCCACAAGCUUAACACAUUGCAAAUGUAAUGAAACAUUAGUUAUAUAUAUACAAUCAUUGAAAUUAGACUUUUGGAUGAACUAUAUACUUUACCUUGGCAUCAAAUUUUUUAACAAGCCCUGCUGUAUAAAAUUCAGAAUUUGAGCAAGCCCGGAAGAUAUUUUACCAGUGCAGGGCUUGCGGGCUUGUGUUAAUUUCGACCACUGUGUAUAUCAAAUUGGAACAUUUACAGUAAUGUAUGCCUUAUUAUUCAUUUUAAGGAUACUUAGUUUACUUAUUAAUAUUCAAAACUAUGAAAUCAAAACCAUGCCUGACUCUCAUGCCUACGCUUGACUCUCAUAUAUAACAAGUUAAUCUGUAUUAUCAGAUUUGUAUUAGCAUCACAUUGUAUAUGGUUGUGUUUUUGUUGUUAUUUUGCUGAAUAAUUAGUAAAUAUAUAAUAUUGUAAAGAACAAACUAUCCAUAUAAAAGUGUGUGUGUGUGUGUGUUGGGAGAUGUUGUUUUUUUUACAUUAUGUAAGAUAUGUAUGUGCAAUAUAAAUUCAUUGCUUUGUUUUGUAUAUUUGUUAAUAUGUGGUCACGUUAUACUUUAAACCAAAACAAGUCUUAACAAUAUUCAUGUUUAUGGGUAUUUUACUAUUUAUUUUUUGUUAUGCCUUGUUACAUCUGAGUGUGUUGAGGGGAAAUUUUAUAGUGAUGAUUAGAUUUUGUGUGAAUGUGACUUAUUUUCUGAAAGACCGGGGCCCAAUUUCUUGAAAAAGAUUUGAGCAAAAAAGCUUAUCUAAGCCAAAAUCCUUGGCACUAUUUUACAAAAGAAAAAAUAGUUUAAUAUCAAAAUAAUUUUGUUUACAAAUCUUAAAACUCUUUAGAAUUGAGAACCAUACACAAAUAAUACCAAAACAAAUAUUGUGAGCUUAGCUUCAGUCCUGAGACUCAAACUUGUUUGCAAAAUUGCAUCCUAGUUCUCUGGAUCAGAAUAAGUAGUUUCUCGUAAAUGGUUGAUUUUUUUUAAAUUAUUUACAUUAUCCUAGAUUAUGCCCUUGUGUUGUGUAAGAAAUUUAAGUAUCCUUUUGCAGGGUACUCCACCUCUCUAUUCUUAAGUAUCCUAUUGCAGGGUACUCCACCUCUCUAUUAUAAAGUAUCAUAUUGCAGGGUACUCCACCUCUCUAUUAUAAAGUAUCCUAUUGCAGGGUACUCCAUCUCUCUAUUAUUUAGUUUCAUAUUGCAGGGUACUCCACCUCUCUAUUAUUAAGUAUCCUAUUGCAGGGUACUCCACCUCUCUAUUCUUAAGUAUCCUAUUGCAGGGUACUCCACUUCUCUAUUAUUAAGUAUCCUAUUGCAGGGUACUCCACCUUUCUAUUCUUAAGUAUCCUAUUGCAGGGUACUCCACCUCUCAUAAGUAUCCUAUUGCAGGGUACUCCACCUCUCAUAAGUAUCCUAUUGCAGGGUACUCUACCUCUCUAUUCUUUCAGCUAUGAUUCUCAAAAAGGAUUACAUUCAAGGAAAAUAAGAUCUCCAAAUAUAUUUGGAAAUUGGUAUUUAAUAUUGAUCCUAAUAAAGGUAGUACAACUUAAGCUGUAAGAGUUUUCUAUGUAUUUUAUGAAAAUCUAAAUAUGCUUGAUAUGAAGGAAUGUAUCUACUACUCAGAUUUUAUCUUUAACAUUAUACUAGAACAUGAUUGGCUGUUUGUUACGUUUGUUCUUGUUGCUGCUUACGACAAUACCUCUCUAGUCUUUCUGUGAUGCUUUCUGUGUGAUUAUGCUCGUUCAUCAGAGCCAUCUUACCAACAAGCAUGCGAUAAAAAAUUGUUUGAUAAAGAAAUUCAUUUGUUUACUGAUCCAGUGUCAGAAUUAACUUUCUUACAUGCUUAUUUAAAUGAAUUUAUAAUAAUUAAUCCAGACAACUAUUUGUUGCAAAAUAUAUCUUGAUGCGACCUAGAAUGAACAAUACAAAAAUUAAAUAUAUGAUGCAUGUGUUUGUAAGAUGGUCUCACAAUAAGUAGUUGUUACUUACAGUUUUUAAUUAUUCCCACUUUUUGUGAAAAGUUGCUUGAUUGAUCAAAUAUAUAUGAAACAUGAAUUUGCAUGUCAACCUUUUCUUUUUAAUUUGUGAUAUAAGCUUCAUAUUUACCUCUUAUGAUACUUUGUAGUACAUGUAUGAUCAUUAAGAAUAGGGCAACAACUUCUUUAUUAUUCCUCGAUAUUUAAAGCACUUCUGCCAGUCAGCGUAAUAGUCUGAUCAUUAUGUACAUAGUGUUGCAAUCAAUGUGUUAGUAGUAAGAAAGCUUUGGCCUAAAAUGUAUACGUUUCAAGUAGUGGGCAACUGGUUUUGUAGUUGGUACAUGUAGAGCCUUUCUGUAAGAAUCUAUGCAUCUUAACCUCACAUCAUUGUACUGCUACAUUUCAGUUGUGUUUUUCAGUUUGAUAUUUGUCAGUAUGUGCCAAUACCAUCUUUGUAAUAUUCAACUAGCCAUUACUGUUUUGCCAUCAUAAUCAAUCUGCGUUCCUUCUAUGUUAGUAUUUACAAACAAGAGUGUUUUAGAAGACAGGGUGUGAAUGAAUCUCUACAUAUUACAGAAUAGUAUCUGUUGUUAAAGGACCUUUAGUCAUUUCUAUGUUCAAUAAUUAUUGCUGUAUCAGUUUCUCAAUUGUAAAUAAGCCUGUUAAUUGUUGUAGUUCUUAUACGUUUUUGUAUUAAACACUUUUGUGAGCUUAAAUUUUAAAAUAAAACUGUGGAAAAAGUCA